AUGGAUUUCAAUCUAUUUUCCACUUUGAAUAGUGGUCAGGCUUUUCGUUGGAUUUUUACUCCAGCAUUGAACGAAUGGCAUGGAGUGAUAAACGGAAGAUUAUGGAGAUUACGUCAGAUUGAUCAUUCCAAGCCUGUAGAAUAUUACUCUUUGGAUAAACCUACUACGAUGUGUUCAGAAUUAAAAAAUAUUCCUCCAGAUUUAUAUGAUUACUUUAGACUGGAUACGAAUUUAUCCAGUUUAAUGGAAGAAUGGUGUAUACGGGAUAAAUGGUUUGCUAAUCGCUUUUCUGAUGGUUGCAUGAUGGAUACAGCUCGUGGUUUACGCUUGUUGCGACAAGAUCCAGAAGAAACAUUAUUUGCUUUCAUUACAUCAGCUAAUAACAAUCUAACACGUAUUAGGAAAUUACUUUGUAAACUGUGCAGUUUGUAUGGUAGUCCUCUGUAUCUUGAAAAUGGUGAUUUAGCCAACUGGACAUUUCCAUCACUUGAAGUACUGGCACAACCUGAAAUGACGGAUCAAUUGAAAAAGAUUGGUUUUGGUUAUCGUUCAAAAUUUAUUGUACAUGCUGCUGAUUGGCUGUUGAAAAAUGGAGGCAAAUCUCGUCUUUUUGAACUUCGUACCAUGUCUCAUUCCGAAGCACAGGCAUUUUUGCUUCAAAUAGCUGGAAUCGGAAAGAAGGUUGCAGAUUGUAUAUGCCUUACAGCACUAGAUAAAUUAAAUGUGGUCCCUGUUGAUGUACAUAUGCAUCGUGCUGCACGCGAACAGAAAAUUCCUGAGGCAUCUUGUAAGAAUAUAACUGGGAAAUCGUAUGAUGUCAUCUCGAAAUCUCUUAGUGAUAUUUGGGGAGAAUUUGCUGGAUGGGCACAAGUAAUUCACUUCUACACACGUAUGAUGGAUUCAAAACCGAAUAAGAAACUGAGACAAAUGAUGAACGAUGUGAUGCCGAUAGAUCCAUCAUUGAAGACUGAGCAGGUUUAA